AUGCGGAACGAAGAAUUGCGGUGCCUGCCCGAAGGAUGGGCCCUCUCUAUCCUCGACGCAAGACAUAAUCAUCCGCGCAAUGAUACUGCCAAUCUAGUGUGGGCACACCGAAAAGAAUUGGAGCCAUCCCAAGCGAUCAUCGAAGCGGAGUCCAAACUGCCACCCAACGAGGUUCUCGAUAUCAUUAACCGCAGGGCCCAGGAUUCAGGCGUGAAAUCUAGUAUUCGGAUUCACGAUGUCAACAACGCUCACGCUUGA